UCCCUGGCCGCCACCUUCAAGGUGGGCGUGCUGGGCCCCUGGAGCUGCGACCCGCUGCUGGCGCGGGCGCUGCCGGACGUGGCCUCGCGCCUGGCGGUGGCGCGGCUCAACCGCGACCCGGCGCUGACCGCCGGCUACUGGUGGGACGCCGUGGUGAUGUCCGAGGCCUGCGCCACGCCCCAGGCCGUGGCCGGAGUGGUCAGCGCCGAGCGCUACGCCAGCGCCAUCGUGGGUCCCCUCAACCCCGCGGCCUGCGGCGCCGCCGGGCUGCUGGCCGCCGCCUGGAACAAGCCCUUGGUGUCCUGGGCGUGCGGCGCGGCCGGAGCGGCCGGAGCGGUCACUCUGGUCAGGCCGCUGCCCGCUCCGGCCGGCGUCCUGCACGCCGUGCUGCGGUACUUCCGCUGGGCGCACGUGGCCGUGGUGGCCGCGCCGCAGGACCUGUGGGUGGACACCGGGCAGGAGGUGGCCCGCGAGCUGAGGGCCAGGGGGCUGCCGGUCAGCGUGGUCACCGUGGCCGGAGAGGAUGAGGAGGAGGCGGAGGAGGCGCUGAGGAGGGUCCAGAGGGCGGACGGGGUCAGAGUGGUGCUGAUGUGCAUGCACUCCGUGCUGCUGGGCGGCCGCGAGCAGAAGGUUCUCCUGGAGAAGGCCGAGGACCUGGGCAUGACGGACGGCACCUUCGUCUUCGUCCCCUACGACGCGCUGACCUUCGCGCUGCCCUACCGCCGCGUGCCCUACCCCGUGCUGGCCAACAACACCAAGCUGCGCCUGGCCUACGACGCCGUGCUGACCAUCACCAUCGACUCGCCCGACGCCUCCUUCCACGAGGCCCUGGAGGAGGCCAAGGCGGCCUACGAGGUCCCUGCCAACCUCGACCCCGCGGAGGCGCGGUGCCCGCCGCCACCACCCCACGCCCACGUCGCCGUGUCCCCGCGUGUCCCCGCGUGUCCCCCGGCAGUGGUGCUGAUGUGCAUGCACUCCGUGCUGCUGGGCGGCCGCGAGCAGAAGGUUCUCCUGGAGAAGGCCGAGGACCUGGGCAUGACGGACGGCACCUUCGUCUUCGUCCCCUACGACGCGCUGACCUUCGCGCUGCCCUACCGCCGCGUGCCCUACCCCGUGCUGGCCAACAACACCAAGCUGCGCCUGGCCUACGACGCCGUGCUGACCAUCACCAUCGACUCGCCCGACGCCUCCUUCCACGAGGCCCUGGAGGAGGCCAAGGCGGCCUACGAGGUCCCUGCCAACCUCGACCCCGCGGAGGUCCACCCGCUCUUCUCCACCAUCUACAACUCCAUCUACUUCCUGGCCACGGCGGUGGAGGCCGCGCGCCGCAGCGGCCGCUGGGUGAUGGGCACCAGCGUGGCCGACCACGCCCGCGACUUCCAGCUGCAGGGCUUCUGCCAGACCUUCACCGUGGACCGGGACGGCGACGUCUCGGUGCCCUACGUGGUGCUGGACACGGACGGCAAGGGCCACCACCUGUGGGCGGUCUACGGGCUGGAGCCGGGCACGCGCGGCCUCAGCUACCGCAGCCACAGCCCCCACUGGCCCCACAGCGCCAGCCCGGCCACCGACGCCGGCUGCUGGUUCGACUCCGGCGCCAUCUGCAACGGCGGGAUGGACGCCGGCUUCGUCUUCUUCCUCUUCCUCCUCAUCGCCGCCCUCGUCGCGGCCGGCGCCGCCCUGGCCUGCCACAUCAGGUGGGUGGCCCUGAUGGCCUUGGUGGCCCUGGUGGCCUUGGUGGACAGCAGCCACACCAGCCUGGCCGGGCAGAGCGGGGGCGACGCCCGCAGCGCCCACGGCGCCCCCGGCCCCGACACCACCAACGUGGCCGUGGCCGAGUUGACAGCUGCUUUCCCGCAGGAUAACGCGAGGGGCAGCAGCAACCUCCCCCUGCUGCUGCUGCUGUUUAACCAGCAGGGCCUUGUCGCCUCCGUGCAGGGUGACUGGGUGUGGCUGAAGAAGUUCCCGGGGGAGCAGCACACGGAGGUGAAACCGGCCACCAAGCUGGCCUUCUGCAAGCUGCGGGACCUGCGUCACGAGAACGUGAACCUGUUCCUGGGCUUCUUCCACGACUGCGGCAUCUUCGCCAUCGUGUCGGAGCACUGCUCGCGCGGCAGCCUCGAGGACCUGCUGCGCAACGAGGACAUGAAGCUCGACUGGAUGUUCAAGUCCUCCCUCCUCAUCGACCUCAUCAAGGGCGUGCGGUACCUGCACCACCGCGACGUGGUGCACGGGCGGCUCAAGUCGCGGAACUGCGUGGUGGACGGGCGCUUCGUGCUCAAGGUCACCGACCACGGCUACAACCAACUGCUGGAGGCGCAGCGCGUGCCGGCCCCGCCCCCGCAGCCGCACGAGCGGCUGUGGACGGCGCCGGAGCUGCUGCGGGACGAGGCCCUGGAGCGCCGCGGGUCCUUCCGGGGCGACGUCUACGGCAUCGGCAUCAUCAUGCAGGAGGUGAUCUGCAGGAGCCCCCCCUACUGCAUGCUGGGGCUGCCCCCCGAAGAGAUCAUCGAGAAGGUGCAGCGGCCGCCGCCCCUGUGCCGCCCCGCGGUCUCGGCCGACCAGGCCCCGCUGGAGUGCAUCCACCUGAUGAAGGAGUGCUGGAGCGAGCAGCCCGAGAAGAGACCCACCAUCGACCAGGUGUUCGACCAGUUCAAGGGCAUCAACAAGGGCCGCAAGACCAACGUCAUCGACCUUCAGGACAAAGUCAAGGUGGUCACCAAGGACAGGUCGGUGGCCGAGGCGCUGAAGAUGGGGACGCCGGUGGAGCCCGAGUACUUCGAGGAGGUGACGCUGUACUUCAGCGACAUCGUGGGCUUCACCACCAUCUCGGCCAUGAGCGAGCCCAUCGAGGUGGUGGACCUCCUCAACGACCUCUACACCCUCUUCGACGCCAUCAUCGGCUCCCACGACGUCUACAAG